GCAAGCGAUAAGCUACAGAGGGAAUGAGGACGAUUCGCCCGAUUUUUCGAGCACACAGUAGGCUUUUAAAGGGCCAAUAUCAUUCUGUUCACGCUUUCUGUUGCUUUCUUGUGCAAAAUCUUCCCUGCUCACGUCUACAAGCCAAUACACAAUUUACUGUACCAUUCCGUACUUGUAGUCUUUCAACCAUGACUGCCGACAGCAAGAAACCGCUCGAUGGAAAAGCAUCUCAGAGCAAUAGCCCCAUCAAUACCACUGAAAGGGUCAAGCGACUUAGGGAGAUCAUGCGUGAAAACGGACUUCACGCGUACAUUGUGCCCUCGGAAGAUGCGCACCAAAGUGAAUAUCUCGCUGACCGAGAUGCUCGACGAGCCUUUGUAUCGGGAUUUACAGGGUCUGCAGGCCUUGCGGUCAUAACUUUGGAACAGGCUGCCCUAUGGACCGAUGGCCGAUAUUUUCUACAAGCCUCCCAACAGCUUGACGCUAACUGGACUCUGAUGAAGAGUGGCCUGCCUGAUGUUCCCAGCAAAGAAGAAUGGCUGGUUAAAGUCCUUCCCAAGGAAUCGAAAGUUGGUGUUGAUCCGAAGCUCUUCACCGUUGGCGCCGCACGGCAGCUGGCGGAGGCCCUAACAAAGGAGGGACACUCGUUAGUGAGCAUACACGAGAACCUUGUUGAUAAAGUUUGGGGUGCGGACCAGCCAUCAAUGCCACCCCACAAGAUCAUUGUUCAUCCGAUUGCAUAUUCCGGCAAGUCUAGUGAAGAGAAAAUUGCAGCCUUGCGGGAACAAAUUGAGAAGAAGAAGACUUAUGGAUUCAUUGUAACCGCCUUGGACGAGAUAGCUUGGCUCUUCAACCUUCGUGGGUCUGAUAUUGCCUAUAAUCCCGUCUUUUUCGCAUAUGCCUUGGUCACCCGUGAUGAGGUGCUUCUGUAUGUGGAUGAGAACAAGCUGACCAACGAGGUGAAGGAGCACCUGGGCUCCACAGUAAAAAUACGCCCGUAUGAAGCUGUCUUUCAAGAUGUCAAACAAUUCGGGGCUCAAAAGCAGGGAGAAAAGCUUUGGAUUGACAGCCGGUGCUCCCUGGCUCUUCAAGACGCGCUGGGUGGAAGCCAAUACGUCAGCGAAUCGCGAUCGCCAGUAAUGACAGCAAAGGCCAUCAAAAAUGAAGCAGAAUUAGAAGGAUUUCGUCAGUCUCACAUCAGGGACGCUGCUGCCUUGUGCGAAUACUUUGCAUGGCUGGAGAAGGAACUGGUUGAGAACAAAGCAGCACUCGCUGAGGUUGAAGCAGCUGACAAGUUGGAAAGUCUCCGCAGGAAGCAAAAGGAUUUCGUUGGGUUAAGUUUUGAUACAAUCUCAUCAACUGGACCCAACGGUGCCAUCAUUCACUACAAGCCUGAACGCGAAACCUGCGCGACCAUCCAGGUGGAUCAAUUGUACCUGUGCGAUUCUGGUGCUCAAUACAAGGACGGGACGACGGAUGUUACCCGCACGCUUCACUUUGGCACGCCAACGGCAGAGGAAAAGGAUGCUUUUACUCGAGUGCUGAAAGGACAUAUCCAAAUCGACAUGGCCGUGUUCCCCCGUGGAACAACUGGCUACCUUCUAGACGUCCUCGCCAGAGUCCCUCUCUGGAAGGCAGGUCUUGACUUUCGACACGGUACCGGUCACGGCGUUGGAUCCUUCUUGAAUGUGCAUGAGGGACCCCAUGGCAUCGGUACUAGGAUCGCCUACAAUGAUGUGCAGCUGGAGGCAGGAAUGACGGUGACCAACGAGCCCGGAUACUACAAAGAGGGGUCCUUUGGCAUCCGAAUCGAAAAUGUCCUUUUGAUUCGCGAUGUGAAGACUCCCCACAACUUUGGGGAUCGCGGAUACCUCGGCUUUGAGCACGUCACCCUGGUUCCGAUCCAGACGAGCCUGGUCGAUAUUGGCCUCUUAACUCCAGAGGAAAGAGACUGGUUGAAUGCGUAUCACACUCGGUGCUGGGAUAGGGUACAUCCCUUGUUGCAAGAAGGAAGCGACGGAUGGAAGUGGCUCAAGAGGCACACUCAGAAGAUCUGAUAUGUGUCCAGCGUAGGAUAGAUGUGAUAGAUGUACGUCUAGUGAUAGGGAGAAUGGUUACAAGUCAGCUUGCAUGAAAGACAGUCCGUGCACUGCAACUAUGACUUCUGUGUCAAUCCUUUCUGCAUGUUACGGUAGCCGACGUCAAGCAUACCUCUAGGUGGCUUGCAUAUUCAUGAAAACCAGUUCGGGCUUAAUUACCCAC